AGCGGUGUCUGUCAGGGCCUGAGCUCUACGCCCCUGACCGCCGCCCCCCUCCCCCGCGGUCGCGUGGUUGCCACCUCUCGCUUCCCUUGUCGGGGGACAGGUGACGGCCGGGGCUCCGGGUGGCGGCCCAGCCUCCGGGUAUCUGUCCGACAGCCGCCUCUCCGAGCCAGCCGCCGUCCUCGAGCGGGUCCCGGCCGCGGGAAGAUGGCGGCCGCGCCCCGCGGCGUCUGGGAGCAGCGGCUCCUGGGCUGUGGGUCGGGACCCCUGGCGCUACUGCUCGUCCUUGCGCAGGCGCUGCUGCUGCCGCUGCUGCUGCUGCCCGCUGCCCGGGCAGGCCUGUGCCCGGCACCCUGCGCCUGCCGCCUUCCCCUGCUGGACUGCAGCCGCAGGAGGCUGCCCGCGCCCGGCUGGAGGGCACUGUCAGGCCCGCUGCCUCCCGACACUUCCAGCCUGGAUUUGAGUCAUAACCGGUUGUCUAACUGGAACAUCAGCUUGGAAUCACAAACAUUACAAGAAGUGAAAAUGAAUUACAAUGAACUAACAGAGAUCCCAUACUUUGGAGAACCAACACCUAAUAUUACUCUGCUUUCACUAGUCCAUAAUUUAAUACCGGAAAUAAAUGCAGAAGCACUUCAGCUUUACUCUGCUCUCGAGAGUUUAGACCUCAGUUCCAAUAUAAUAACAGAAAUCAAGACGUCUUCAUUCCCUCAAAUGUCGCUGAAAUACCUGAAUUUGAGUAAUAAUAGGAUAACCACCUUGGAGGCCGGUUGCUUUGACAACUUAUCGGGUUCUUUAUUAGUGGUAAAAUUAAAUCGUAACCGAAUUAGCAUGAUUCCACCUAAAGUCUUCAAGCUGCCUCAUCUCCAAUUCUUGGAGCUGAAAAGAAACAGGAUUAAAACUGUAGAAGGCCUCACCUUCCAAGGUCUUGAUUCUUUACGCUCAUUGAAAAUGCAGCGAAAUGGAAUUAGCAUACUCAAAGAUGGAGCAUUUUUUGGCUUGAAUAAUAUGGAAGAGUUAGAACUGGAACAUAAUAACCUUACAGGAGUGAGCAAGGGGUGGCUAUAUGGCUUGCGAAUGUUACAGCAACUGUAUAUGAGCCAGAAUGCUAUUGAAAGAAUCAGCCCCGACGCAUGGGAGUUCUGCCAGAGACUAUCUGAACUGGAUUUGUCCUAUAACCAACUGACCCGCCUUGAUGAAUCUGCCUUUGUGGGUUUGAGUUUACUGGAGAGAUUGAAUUUAGGUGACAAUAGAGUCACUCAUAUUGCUGAUGGUGUAUUUAGGUUUCUUUCCAAUCUUCAAACAUUAGAUUUGAGAAACAAUGAAAUUUCAUGGGCCAUAGAAGAUGCUAGUGAAGCCUUUGCUGGACUCAAAAGUCUCACUAAAUUAAUCUUACAAGGAAACCAGAUUAAGUCAAUUACACAGAAAGCAUUCAUUGGUCUUGAAUCCCUUGAGUAUUUAGAUUUGAACAACAAUGCUAUAAUGUCUAUCCAAGAAAAUGCUUUUUCUCAAACUCACUUAAAGGAACUUGUUCUGAACACAAACAGUUUGCUCUGCGAUUGUCAUUUGAAGUGGCUGCUUCAGUGGCUGCUGGAUAACAACUUUCACCAUUCUGUGAAUGUCAGCUGUGCGCAUCCUGAGUGGUUAGCAGGGCAAAGCAUCCUGAAUGUGGACCUGAGAGAUUUUGUCUGUGAUGAUUUUCUGAAGCCUCAGAUGAGGACACAUCCUGAAAGCACAGUUGCUUUGCGAGGUGCUAAUGUGACUCUGACGUGCACUGCGGUGAGCAGCAGUGAUUCACCCAUGUCUACUGUGUGGCGCAAGGACAGUGAAAUCCUCUAUGACGUGGAUAUUGAGAAUUUUGUUCGCUAUCGGCAGCAGGCUGAAGAAGCUCUGGAAUACACUAGUGUCCUGCACCUCUUCAAUGUGAACUUCACAGACGAAGGGAAAUACCAGUGUAUUGUCACUAAUCACUUUGGCUCUAAUUAUUCACAGAAAGCCAAACUGACUGUGAAUGAGAUGCCAUCUUUUCUAAAAACUCCUAUGGAUCUAACCAUUCGCACUGGUGCCAUGGCCAGAUUAGAAUGUGCUGCAGAAGGGCACCCUGCACCUCAGAUUUCCUGGCAGAAAGACGGUGGUACUGACUUUCCUGCAGCCCGAGAAAGACGAAUGCAUGUCAUGCCUGAGGAUGAUGUCUUCUUCAUUGCCAACGUGAAGAUAGAAGACAUGGGCAUCUACAGCUGCAUGGCACAGAAUAUCGCAGGCGGCCUCUCAGCAAACGCCUCACUCACUGUGUUAGAGACACCCUCGUUUGUUAGACCUCUGGAGGACAAGACCAUCACUCGAGGUGAAACGGCAGUAUUGCAGUGCAUAGCUGGAGGGAGUCCUGCUCCUCGCCUCAAUUGGACCAAAGAUGAUGGGCCGCUCUUAGUAACAGAACGACACUUCUUUGCUGCAGCCAAUCAGCUUCUCAUCAUUGUAGAUGCUGGGCUAGAAGAUGCUGGAAAAUAUACCUGCAUUAUGUCUAAUACCCUUGGGACAGAACGAGGACAUAUUUACUUAAAUGUCAUUUCAUCCCCCAAUUGUGACUCUUCUCAGAAUAGCAUUGGACAUGAGGAUGAUGGUUGGACCACAGUUGGCAUUGUCAUCAUUGUUGUGGUCUGCUGUGUCGUUGGCACUUCUUUGAUCUGGGUCAUUGUUAUUUAUCAUAUGAGAAGGAAAAAUGAAGACUACAGUAUCACAAAUACAGAGGAGCUUAAUUUGCCUGCAGACAUUCCCAGCUAUUUGUCUUCCCAAGGAACACUGUCUGAACCACAGGAAGGCUACAGCAACUCUGAGGCAGGCAGUCAUCAGCAACUUAUGCCUCCUGCCAACGGAUACAUACACAAAGGCACUGACGGUGGCACUGGUACCCGGGUGAUCUGUUCAGAUUGUUAUGACAAUGCCAACAUCUACUCGAGGACCCGAGAAUACUGUCCAUACACCUAUGUUGCUGAGGAGGAUGUUCUGGAUCAGACUCUGUCCAGCCUCAUGGUUCAGAUGCCCAAAGAGACAUUUUUAUCACAUCCUCCCCAAGAUGCUGCUACUCUGGAGAGUCUGAUACCAUCAACAGAGAGAGAGCUUUCUGCCUUUCCCACCAACCAUGAGAGGAUGACUGAGAAGCUUCCCUUCUCACAGAUGAGCAGUGAAAUAUUUCAGCGGCCUCUGUGGAACAUGAACAGAGAACCAGGCCUGCUUCCCUUUUGCCAACAGCCUGUCCUUGAGUCACCACAGCUUCCGCGACAUGAGGGCCUGGCAGAGAGGGAUCCAAACUGCUCCUCACCUGUGUCCUGCCACAAGUUACAUGACCACACUUUUGAUUUCAGCAGGACUCGGAACAUUCAAGAUGGUAGUGAGGGCACAUGAAGCCCGUCCACGAGAAAGUCUGAGCAGAGACUCAGGUUGGUUCAUUUACUACCUCAGAGUUGAGAAGAACCCCCAAAGUCAGCGUUUGCAUUACUCUUUGCUUCGAAUUAUAUCUGGCCACACCAAAGUAGCCUGAUGUUUGGCCUUACACCUGGCGAAGAAAAGGUAGUGGCUGGCAGAAAUGUACUACAGAAGUGUGUACCACGCUGAGAGGUCACAGCCCCGGCAGAAGACGAUGGACAAGUGUCCCUCCAGACGGCCUCACAGUGACAUGCCUAGGUGUGCACUGCCUGCCAUGAAGGGUGUCAUUGCUGCUUAGCUGCUGGCUUGCCCCAGUCCUCAGAAUGGUCGUGAGAAGACAUUACUGCUUUGACAUUUUACUUUGCCUUCCAAGCAAGGAACAGAGAUAACUUCUGAGCUCUCCUGAGUCUGACUGAGACUCGAGAAUGGAGGCCGAGACUUUGAUAUUCAAGGUCUUCGGCUGGAAUCCUUUCGCCAACUGGUACCAGAGCAAAGGCUUUUGUAUUCUUCUGGAGUUGUUUUUUGUUUUUGUGUGUGUGUUGUAUGUUUGUUUUGUCCCUAUAACCAGGGAUGUCAUUGUAAAUAUAUGUACAUUUAUAAAUAAUUUUUCUACUCAUUGACCUUGUGUGUUGGCUACAGUGUAAAUAUUUUUGAUAUGCCCAAAUUAUAUAUAAUGCCUAUCUAGUUACUGUAUGGGCAGCAACUUCUCAAGAUCAUAGACUUUGCAUAACUUAGUUUAGUGAGGUCUACAAACUCUGUUUAAAGCUCUAAGACUUUGUCACGAAGCUCAAGUAGAGGGACAGGGUACUUUGUGAUUGUGUGCUCACAAACUCGAGCUUGGUGUAAUUAACUGCUUGCUUCACGCCUGAAGGUCCGCGCAUCCAAUCACUCACCGUCUGUUUACAAGUGCCAGGUGAUAACCUUGUUCUCGUAGCAUAAAUGUCUUGUUCUUCCAGAGCCCGGCAGCCUUGCCACAGCCCUGUGAGCAUAGAAGAUGGCUUAUUUGGGGAUUGUCUUCUUUCAGCAAAGUGCUUUGAUGACAAGGAAACCAAAGAUUGUUCUUUUUUUUAUGUUUACUUUGUUUUUAAUCUCCACGAAUGUAGCAGUGUAUUAAGAAGGGAAGUGUGCCCUCGGGAGCCAAAAAACUUUAUGUAAACAACAAAUGUCAACACUAAUGCUAACGAAAUGUCACGUGCUUUCAGCCUGUCCUCUGUGUAAUACCAGCCUCCUACUUAAAUGGUCAUGUUUUCUUCAUUUUCAUUUUGAACCUUUAAAAAAUUAUUAUAGUCUUUCAUUCCUUUGGACCAUACGCUUUCUUCCUUUUGGACUGUGUUCCAGUUUUAUAGUGGUCUGACUAGAAAUUAAGAGCCGGCCCCUUCCUGGUGCUGCCCUGGCUAGCCACAUCUGACUCUUACUGCGGAAAGAGGCUGUUUACUAGCUGCUCUAAGCCGCUCUCCAGCUCUCCAGGAACCAGAGAGGAUUGUGCUACUUCAGUAAAGAGCCGCCUUUGUCAGCUGUUAGCUAGAUCAAGAGUCAUGCUGCUUGCUCUGACUUUAGCUGUAUUUAUUUCCCCAAAACAGGACUAAUGGUCUAAGAAAUGCUCAGGGGAGGGAACAGUCUCUGCUUUUAAACAGUGUCAGUAAACAGACUCACGUCUGGAUUGAAAAGCUGCAUUUUGUCUCUGGAGUAGCAGUGCUCCAGCACGUGGGCUCAGAGUGGAGGUGUGCUGCCGCUCGCUUGUUCUGUGGUCAGAGUUCAGCGCGCUGUCAGCUGUGAUCUGUCAGGGUAGAAAGCAGGCCCUGACCCAGUCCUCUAGAAAUACUUCAUCCAGGACGUCACCUCCAAGCUUCAGCAGUAACCUUUCUGCUGGGGUGUCAGGCUGGUCUCCUAAGGGUUGCGAAAUGUUGGACUUCCCUCCCAGAUAUCCCUGGCUUGUUACAUAACUUAUUAGGAAUCCAUCUACAGAUGGGAAGAGCCUGUUUCUGCUUUAAGAAUAACAAUAGCUUCUUACAUUAGAGAAAGGAAUUCCUGAAAAAACUUGCCCAUGUUUGACCAAGCAGUGUCUACCCUCCAAUAGUGAUAAAAUUGGCAUUUCCUCAGUGCUUCUUCCAGCUGAUGGGUUUCUGCUGGUUGUACCUUCAUCUGCAGGCUGCUGUCCAGAUAGGAAGUAUGUGAAAUCCAGCCCUGUGAACAGCUGUCUGUAAGACCCCACCUCAGAAGCUUUGCCCAGGCAGUUUUUGGUGAGGUGACUCUCACUCAGCAGGCUGUACGUGGCCCAGUGAAGGGUUGUAAAGGACCAAGAGUUUCGGCACUGUCAGCCAUUCUGUGAAAAGGGGGACAUGAGAGAAGUCUUUAUGUGCAUCUGGUUGUAGAGAGGUAUAAAGUACACUUCUCUGGUGAUGGAAAUAACCUGCCUUUUGUGGGGAAGUGUGUGCAGACGUCAUUGCUAGCCAUACUGCACAGAGACCUCCGAUGGAGUGGAACACGGGCAAGGUCCCUGUGACGUCUGCCAUGUUGUCAUUAGCUUGGGAGUUUGUCCUUUGAUCUUUAUGUUUGGUUUAGUACACUUCAGGAUUUUUUUUUAAACCAAGCCAUUUGGGACUUUGGUUAACAAAGGAAUCUGAUCUGUGUUCCCAGCUAAAAGCAUGAAAUUGUAGCAUUAUUUUCUCUGAAGAAAAACCCUAUACUUCUGACACAAGUGCCAUUCCUCCAACAAAAAAUUUAAGCCUGUGUUGUAUUAUAACUCUUUACUCUGAUUUUUAAAAAAAAUAUUGCUUUUUUUUUUUAGCCCCCUGGCUUUGAACUCUCAAUUUCCUGCCUCACCCUCUCAAAUGUGGCAACUAUAGGUAUUUGUCUGUCUUGAUUAAUUUUUGGUUUUGCCCAUGGAGCCCAACUGGAGUGGAGUUGGCAUUGCAGUUUUAGGAUGUUUUACCCAAGUGUGUGAGGAUAGCCUUUUCUCAUUGGCUAUGCACUGACAUGCUGCCGGUAAGUGUGGCUGUUUUCCCCUGGUGCUGGGCCUUGAGCCUACAACUCUGUGAGUGGCAAGUUCAUGUUCUCCCACAUCUGUUCUCUUUUUGUGUGAAACUUGGUCUAUCUUUGGGUUUUUUCUUUUUUUUCCUUUUGGCAGUCCUGGGGAUUGAUCUAUAGCCUCCUGCAUACCAGGCAAGUGGUCUACCUCUGAGCUGCAGCCUUGGCUGAAAUGUUUUGCUACAGAUUAAUGAGUGGUUAUAAAAACGAUGGGACCAUAAAUGGCUGAGCUGAGUUUUUUUCUGUUUGGUGGUGCUCUCUGCCAGUCCAGUAUGGAGGUGUGCUGCACCUCCCUUUCCACUUUAAACUUUUUGUUUGAAACAUGAUCUAAGGAUACAGCAUUUAGCCUAGAUUUUUCUGUUCUUGUUCUUUUUUGAACAUUAGUUUGUUGGCAGAAGUACCAAGCUUCUGAAUUAGGGAUGUAUUAGAAACUGCACUUAGAACAUCUGAAAACCCAAGACUCGUAGGCUUUGUGAGAAGGUGGGAGGGGAAGGAGAGGUUGGUGUGUGGUGUCCUGGGAACCAAACCCAGGUAAGCACUCGCAGCCCCGUGUGCUUUAAGUUAUGAUUCUUCCUUCUCGGUUGUGAAUUGUUUCUUUGCAGCGCUGGUAAUGACCAAGUGGUGGAGUGAGGGUGCAGAGCAGCUUGACUUGUCUGCACCUGGUGUUCUGACAUGCAGUGAGUUUGUAGCAACUGUGACUGUUUCCAAAGAGAAACUGAUCUUCAUACUUCAUGUACCCUUGAAGUAUGUCCUGGCUGCUGGAGAUGGCUUCUUCGCCCACAAGUGACUUCUGCUUCCUGCUGUCUUCUGUUCUCUUUUCCCGUUAGAGGCUGCCAGCUAAGCAGCCCUCCUAUAAGGCACCUCUAAAGAUAUACAAGCCACAUUGUUCAGUGUGGCUGUUUCGCGGUAUUGAUUAUAUUUUCUCACAUAAGAAUGUAUAUUUUAUAGAGCAUGUGUUCGUCCUGUCUACUGUAAUGUCAAUAAAGCUAAACCGUGAAUCAUUUGUCUUGCCUAAA